CGUGCAACAGAGGCGUGUCGCGCCGCUCCCGAGCUGUAUAAAGAGCGCGGCCGCGCGCGCUGCGCAUGCAGUCUGUGUGUUCCCGUGAGGAUUUAAUUCACACCGAGUUUUACACACCGGAAACAUGGAGUGGGAGUGUCGGUGCUCGGAGAGGUCUCGUGCGCACGCCAUCCUGUUCACCCUCCUCACCGGGGCCGCGGGGGCCCCCGAGCCCAGCCGCUGCCACUGUGACACGCGCCGCACCGUGCGCCUCAAGUCGCGCGACACCUGCCUCGCGGCCGCGAGCGUCCUCGUGAAGACCGUGCGCUUCGUCGCGAGCCUCCCCGCGUUCCAGCAGCUUCCGGCGGAGGACCAGCUCGCGCUGCUGCACCACUGCUGGGCGCCGCUCUUCAUCCUGGGACUGGCGCAGGAGCGCGUGAGCUUCGAGGUGGAGCACGAGCCCGUGACGAGCAUGCUGAAGAAGAUCCUGCUGAACCGAGAGCACGAGCGCGGAGAGAACCGACAGCAACCGACACUCAGUGGAGUCCAGAACCUCAAAACCUGCCUCAGGAAGCUGUGGAAUCUCGACCUGAGUCCCAAAGAGUACGCUUACCUGAAGGGGACCAUGAUCUUUAAUCCUGAUGUGCCCGGCCUGCAGGUGGCGCCGUUCGUGGACGGUCUUCAGCGUGAGGCUCAGCGGGUUCUCAGGGAGGUUCUGUUUCUCCUGCACUCGGGUGAUGAAGGGACUUUUGGGCGUGUCCUCCUUGCUGUGUCCUCGCUGCAGAGCGUCACACCUGAACUCAUCACUGAACUCUUCUUCAGACCCAUCAUCGGCUCUGCCCACCUCGUCCACCUCAUCACUGACCUGCUGUUCAGCAGGUAGACACACCCUGAGCUGAGAGUGAGGAUCACCCGGAACAGAACAUUCGUGUAUGUGGACCUGAGAACAUCACUUUCCAAUAACAUCCUCUCCCACAGCAACUGGGUGCGCGCAUGCGUGUACACAGCUUCCUGUUUCUUGUACUGACCCCCUGGUGAAUCCCCAAACCCCUGUGUGACUCCGCCCUGAUGAGGUCAUACACACUGUUCUGUUUGCUAAACCUCACCACAUGGUUCUCUACACCAAGGACCCUGAUGUCAUUAGGAGGUGUUUUACUGAGACUUGACCUGGACCCAGUCCUCACAAGUACUUUUUUAAGGAUGACAUCAAGAGAGAUAACCGCACCUACUGCACCGGCCACACCCACUGCACCAUUGCAGCAGCAUGCUUCAGAAACUGGUGUUCAGUCACACUGAUGAAACAUCACAGCUUUAACGUGUGUGUGUGUGUGAGCGAGAGAGAGAGAGAUCUAAGAUUGAGGCUCCGCCCUGGUCUCUGUGAGACUGUUAUUCACUGAACAAAUUAGUGUUUUAAUGUCUUUGUAAGUUUGAUGCUGCAAUAAAAUCUA